AUGGCCGAAUGUUCAUCAUCAUCAUCUUCUUCUUUGAAGCUUGUGUACUUUGUCGUGGUCCCAUUGAUUCUCUUCUCUGGGCUUCUAAUUGCUAUGAACCAGAAGAUUAAUGGCAGUGGCCGCAGCUAUGAAAUUCCAUGGCCGUCUUUUAUGUCGCCCGCCGGAACUUCACCGCAAACCGAUCAUUUUCCGAAGAAUUUCAGGAUUUACGUGUAUGAAGACGGUGAUCCACCGUUAUUCCACUACAGUAAGAGUCUCGGGAUUCUUGGGAUUGAAGGGAUUCUCAUACAUCAAAUCGAGAUCAGCAAGUUUCGAACGAGAGAUCCUGAAAACGCGCACGUUUAUUUUAUUCCGUUGAGUGUGCAGUCUAUAGCCACGUACGCGUACGUGAUUCAUAACCGCGCUUGGAGUCCAUUGCAAGACAUUGCUAGAGAUUAUGUGAGGCUGAUUUCUUCGAAGUACCCUUAUUGGAAUCGGACGCUCGGGCACGACCAUUUCAUACUCGGUUGCCAUGAUUGGGCAAGACUUUUCGACUUUUCGGUUUUCACUCCGACAGUUUCACACGGCGUUCCGUAUCUUUUCAAGAACUCAAUAAGGGUCCUAUGCAACGCCAACACUUCCGAAGGGUUUAAACCCUCGAUCGACGUGUCGCUGCCGGAAAUAUACCUUCCGGACGGCAAAAUGGACGGCUUGAUCGGCGGGCCACCUCCAACCGAACGCUCGAUUCUCGUCUUCUACGCGGGAGGCAUUCACGGCUACAUAAGGCAAGUUUUGAUGGAGCAAUGGGAAAACAAAGACCCGGACGUGAAAAUCCACGAGUACCUCCCGGAGGGCACGUCGUACUACGGAAUGUUCCGGAAGAGCAAAUACUGCAUUUGCCCUAGCGGUUGGGAAGUGGCGAGCCCGCGAAUGGUCGAGGCACUAUACAUGGGCUGCGUGCCGGUUUUGCUCAAGGCCCAUUACGCGAAGCCGUUCGAUGAUGUCUUGGAUUGGAGCAAGUUCUCGGUCGAUGUAGGUGUGGAUGAAAUUCCCGAUUUGAAGAAGAUUUUGACGGGUAUAACGGACGGGAGGUACUUGGAGAUGCAAGAGAUGGGGAUUAAGGUGAGGAGACAUUUCGAGGUUAAUUUCCCUCCGAAAAGGUACGAUGUUUUCCACAUGGUGUUGCAUUCCUUGUGGCUCAGGAGAAUCAACUUUCAACUUCACGAUACACAAGAAUUGAUGGAUUGA